AUGGCCAACAAUACUUCCCGGAGUCGCUCUCACUCCAACAGUUCUAACUACGGAGCGGAUGACGAUGGUUCUGUGCUGGGAACAGGGCUAACGUCCCGUCAACUGGAGGCAUUUGGCCGGAAAGUUACCACCACCGCUACCCAUCUAAUGAGUUCCACGGCAGAUCCAACGAACAACACUCACUACCAGGCAGCCAUGACUAGCAUCCAGCGGGAGCUCCGGCGGCCCGCUACACAGAGGAGGAUGUUUGCGUUUGCGCAAACCACGCCUACAGAGCUGGUCCGCUCCAAGUUCUCAACCUCUGAAAUUCAAUAUCGCGCCCUCUCCUCCCUCCCCGAUGAACUUCUACAGCAUCUCCCCGAGGAUACGAGCACGUAUUCGCUAUUCCAGGGAUUUCAGGCCUCGGUUCCAGACGCAGACAAUGAACACCGGAAAUCUCACCGCAGGCGAAGCUCGCACGGCCAGAAACGCUUGGAAGAUGUGGACAGGAACUCGGGUGCUUUGCCCCCGACUAUAGGCCAUCUGAAACGGGAGCGUGACUCGUUGAACCAUCGGUUGGAAAUGAUGGGUGUCCGCAAGAAUAUGUGCAGCGCCGAAAUACACGAGAUUGAUAACAAGGUCAUGAACUUGAACAGGAUGCGCAAGAUCGUUCUGGACCGUCUAGCUGGGCUGGAGAUGGAUGAAGCUGAUUUGGAACAUGAAUUGGUACAACUGGAUAAUAGACUAGAGGAUAUGGAAGAGGCUCUGGAUGAGUCUGCGGCUACGGCAACAGCAGAUACGCCCAAAACUGGUGAUAUUCCUAGUUCUCCCAUUGGCGAUGGCGAAGGCGACUCGUCUUUCAUGUCAGAAUCAAUCUACGAGAAGAUACCCUCGCCAAAAACUUGGAGACACAAGACGUCAAAGAAACGGUCGACGCCUGUCCUUCAUGAGCACUUUGAACCCGGCUCCUUAAUAAGAGAGUUGCAGGCGCAUAACGACAUGAUAGCAGCUUUAGACUUUGAUGUGCCGUUUGGAACAAUGGUUAGCGCAGCAUUAGACGAUACAGUCCGGGUAUGGGAUUUAAAUCUGGGACGGUGCAUGGGUUUCUUGGAAGGGCACCAUGCCUCAGUGAGAUGCUUGCAGGUUGAGGACAAUAUCGUCGCCACUGGGUCGAUGGACGCUUCUAUCCGCUUGUGGGACCUUAGUCGGGCGAAGUAUGCGCCCCGGGACCAUCGCAUCGAUAAAGACGACGAGGAUGACGAGGACGCCCUUGGGUUCGAGGACCCUGCAGCCGCACCUCCCACGCCUCCUCCGUCUAGUAUGGAUGAAUGUCCCCUCUUCACGCUCGAGGCUCACGUAGAUGAAGUAACGGCAAUCCAUCUACGUGGUGAUACGCUCAUAUCGGGCUCCGCGGACAAGACGCUGCGCCAGUGGGAUCUAGUCAAGGGCCGGUGCGUACAGACGCUAGAUGUUUUAUGGGCAGCGGCCCAGGCAUCUUCGACCAUGGCUGCUGGAGAUGCGGCAUGGCGACCUACUGGUCGCCUACCUGACGCAUCGGCUGAUUUCGUCGGUGCCCUGCAGUGCUUCGAUGCUGCACUCGCCUGUGGAACGGCGGACGGGAUGAUAUGGGAUCUUCGAACGGGCACUAUCCACGACGCCUAUGCGUAUGAUCAUCCGGUAACGAGCAUGAUGUUUGAUACCCGACGCAUUGUCGCUGCAGCAGGCGAGGAUGUAGUCAAGGUAUACGACAAGACCGACGGAAGACACUGGGACUGCGGCUCGGGGGUGACAUCCGAAGAAGACGGUCAGACACAUAGUAUCAUAGAGCGGGUGCGGAUAAAAGAUGGCUACCUAACGGAAGGACGGAAGGACGGCACCAUUGGCAUUUGGAAAUGCUGA